AACUAGUUCAUGUCGAGAGAACUGAAUACUGGGAAUACGAAUGGUUUCUGCAAGAGUUUAAUCUUUUUAUAACAUUGUCAUCUUAAAAGAAAGCAACUUUUUUUUUGAAGGAUUGCAAAAUGGAGAAUUCCGGCAAUAAUCGUUAUGAGCUAUUAUUUAUGGAUGAUGACGCGGUAGCUGCUCCUAUUUCACUCGAAUGUAAUGAAGCCGGCAAGAAGAAAACUGAUCAUAUCGCAAAGCAGAACAUCAAUAAAAAUGAAAAGGAAAAUAAAUUAAACAUAUUAAAUAAAAAUAACUCUCACUCAAAAGUUGCAAAUGUCAACACGGUGUCAAAGCCCAAUGGCGUGCGAAGUACUUCAAAUGCAGUCAAGGAAACACGUCCAAGAAAUAACAUUCGUAAUAACGGGUUAGAAACAAAUCAUUCCAAUGCUCCAGAAUACAACAGUGAGCUCCCACAACGUCAAAUUAAAGACCGCGAUAGUAAGGCUCCACGUUAUCGUACCAAUGAGAAAUUGGGAAAAAGAGAAUUUGAUCGUCAAUCUGGUUCCGACAAAACAGGAAUUAAAUCGAUCGAUAAACGCGAUGGUGCUGGUGCACAUAACUGGGGCUCUGCCAAGCAAGAUAUUGAAGAUCUUAAAACAGGCGCUGUAGCUCCUAUAACAGAAAAAGAAGAUUCUGCAAAUGAGCAGUGUAACGAUCUUAUAAAUAAUUUGGAAGAAGACGAAUCAAAGCAAAUGACUCUUGAUGAGUGGAAGGCUCUUAAGGAUCAACGUGCGAAGCCCAAUUAUAAUCUGCGAAAAGCUGGGGAAGGCGUGGAUAACUCUGAAUGGAAAAAGAUGACGGUCUUAAGUAAAAAAAAGGGAUUAGACAUUGAAGAUGAGUUAGAGUAUGACCCUUCAAUGUAUCCUCAGCGUGUUGGUCGUUUACAGCGCAUUGUGGACAUUCAGUUCAAUUUCAAUGAUGCGCGAAAAUCUGGUUUUCGUAAGGGACCGCGUGCUCCACCGCGUGGUGACCAUCGCCAAGAAACGCUGUCUAGCAACGUAUUGGAAAAAACAGCAUCCCACAAAUUCGGUGAAAAACAUCGCUCAGGAUCAAAAACUUUUAAAGUUAAUGAUGAACUGCAAUUUCCCACUCUUUCUUAAAAGCCAACAUCAAGCUUUUAUUAAAUAUUCUUGCAUAUUCUAAUUUUUAAUAAAGGUUAAUCAAUCUGCCUUAUAUUAAUAUGUACUUUACAUAAUAAAAAAAAACUAUGAAUUUCUCACGGCAUUUAUGCAUUACAUUAAACUAUUGCAAAUAGUUCAAAAUGUUGAAACAGAUAUACUUAAUUUAAAUAUUUUUGAUCAGCUUAUAUUUAAAAUAAUUAAGUACAUGAGGUUGGAACCAUGUAAUAGUUAUAUUGAUGAAUAUUGUGAAAGAAAAAAAA